AUGUCGGAGGAAAAUAAUUCAGCGGAGCCAGACAUUUACCCUGGAAGUGAAGAGUGUCCCGGGGAAGAUUCGUUUGGCUUUGGAGAUGACCUGGAGUUAAAUCAGUUCGACGGACUGCCCUUCUCCUCACGCUACUACAAAUUACUGAAAGAGAGGAAGACUCUGCCUGUGUGGAAGGUCAGGUGCGAGUUCGAGGACGCUCUGGUAAACAACCAGCUGGUUAUUGUGUGUGGGACAGCAAAGACUGGGCGGAGUACACAGAUCCCUCAGUGGUGUGCAGAGUUCUGCCUGUCUGCCCAGUACCAGCAUGGCAUGGUUGUGUGCACACAGACCAACAGGCAGCAGGCCGUAGAUCUGGCCUUGCGUGUGGCUGAUGAAAUGGAUGUCAACAUAGGCCACGAAGUGGGUUACACCAUCCCUCUCGAGAACUGCUGCUCCUCCGACACUGUUCUUAGAUAUUGCACUGAUGAUAUGCUGCUGAGAGAGAUGAUGUCAGACCCUUUUCUAGAGCACUAUGGGGCCAUUAUUAUUGACCAGGCCCACGAGAGGACAGUUAACACAGACGUACUACUGGGUCUCCUCAAGGACAUCCUGCUGCAGAGGCCUGAGCUCAGGGUGGUGGUCCUUGCCGUCCCACCCAUGGCUGACAAACUGCUGUGCCAUUACGGCAACAUCCCGCUCAUCAAUCUGGAGGCUGCAUGUCCUGCUGACGUGGUCCACAGCAACAGUGGGAACAAAGAUUACUUCUACUCAGCACUGAGACUGGUGCUGGAGAUCCAUCGAACCAAAGAGGAUGGAGAUGUUGUUGUGUUUUUUGCCUCAGCUAAUGAGGUCCAAUGUGCCCAAAGCAUUCUCCAGAGAGAGGGUACCAGGCUGGGAUUGGAUUUAGGCCAGAUGGAGCUUGUGGUCAUGUUCCCAGGCCGGGGCGGGCUACUGCCUUUUCUGACCAAGCCGCCAGACUCCAAGGGGUCAAGGAGAGUUUUCCUUUCUGCCCAACAGGGGGAGGACAUGUGGUGGUCUACAGAGUCUGUCAACUUUGUCAUUGACACUGGAGUCCAGAAAAAAAUGGUGUACAAUCCAAGAAUAAGAGCUAACUCGGAGGUACUUCAACCCAUCAGUCAAUGUCAGGCAGACAUGCGCAAGCAGCUGUCUGGGCCAACAGGUAAAUGUUUCUGCCUGUAUCCAGAGGAGAGCCAGCUCCCUGCAGAGAACUCCCCACAGAUCUUGGAGUCGGACAUUACGCCAACAGUCCUUUUCCUAAAAAGGAUGGAGAUAGCUGGCCUUGGACAGUGCGAUUUCAUGAACAGACCAGAUCCUGAGGGUCUCAUGCAGGCAUUAGAGGAGCUAGACUACCUCGCCGCUUUGGAUGACGAUGGCAACUUGUCUGAGAUUGGCAUCAUAAUGUCUGAAAUCCCUCUGGAACCUCAGAUGGCCAAAGCUCUGCUGGCAUCCUGCGAGUUUGACUGUGUGAGUGAGAUGUUGACGAUCGCAGCGAUGCUGUCAGCGCCAAGCUGCUUCCUGAAGCCACCUGCUGGCAUGGCCCACGAGGCAGUCCAGUGUCACAGAAAGUUCCAGCACCCUGAGGGCGAUCACUUCACUCUCAUAAACAUCUACAAUGCCUUCAAACAAAGCCAGAGAGAACAAUACUUCAGUGCUGAAAAGUGGUGCCAGGACUAUUUCCUGGAUCAUUCUGCCCUGAAGACAGCUGAGGCCAUUAGAUCAGAGUUGACCGACACUUUGAACAGAAUCGAGCUUCCUGUCUCCGACCCCUCCUUUGGAACCAAGACUAACACCCUCAACAUCAAAAGAGCUCUACUGGCUGGGUUCUUCAUGCAGAUUGCUCGAGACGUGGACGGAUCCGGAAACUACUUCAUUUUGACACACAAGCACAUGGCCCAGGUGCAUCCGCUCUCCGGCUACGGGGCUCAGUCACAGAAGCUUGGACUGCCAGAGUGGGUUGUUUUCCACGAGUACACUCUGUCAGAGAACAACUGCAUGAGAACAGUCUCCGAAAUUUCCCCUCAAGUGUUCAUUCAAAUGGCACCACUGUACUUCUUCUACAAUCUGCCCCCCAGUGAAAGCAAAGACAUACUGCAAGACAUGUUGGACCCAGAUGGAUCCCGAAAAUGUAAAGAUGAGAAGCAGAAAGCUGCAGCAAUCAGCAGUGACGCCAACAGCGGCUGCGCAGUGAUGCCGCAGACUUAUGACAGAUGUGCGAUUCAAUGAUCUGCAAUCAUAUAUGUGAAAAUCUGGGCUCCAAUCUUAUCUCCAAUAUUUAUAUAUAUAUAUGCUUGUAAAAUAUUUAUAGUCAAUGCAAACCAGAGACUGUAAUAUUGAUUUACUACAUUGCUUAAAAGUUGUUUUGAUGGUCUCAUGUUCUCCAUCACUUGCUGACCUAUUCAGAGGGUGAAGCUGUUGUCUAGUGAGUUGACGUGUUGUGAAAGUAGUAAACAAAUCAUGAACACCUCUUAUCAGUUGUGAUCUAAAACAUGUGUAGCCUCGUUUUCUCUGAGUGCUAGCAUCUGAAGACGUUUUCUUCUUUCAGGGUUCACUCACCCUUCCCCUGCUCUGCUCUCCCCACCCAACCCGGUGUGUCUGGAAAUACCAGUAUCCCGACAGCUGUGUAGAUUUUUAGACUCUAAUGAGCUGCAGAGGGGCUGCAGAUGGGGUGUGUCUGCCGCCCUACUUUAAAGAGAGGAAAAAUAACAACCCAUUGCACCCCCUGUGCAAAUAACCAGGAAGAUGCAGACUGAAAGAGAUGGGCUAGCACUUUGAUGCAUGUACGAGCAGCUGGAGAAGUCAUUUGUCACCUUGUCACCUGCUUCCGUUCCCUUGUUUCUUAUGCAAAGCCACCCUUUUCAGGAGGUGUUGGUGUGCCUUUCUCUUCAAGUUAACAAGGCGUGUUUGAGGGUCUGGUUUUCUGAGACUGAAACAGUAUGGAUGAGUUGACCUGCUCCUAGAUUACGGCGGCAAAUGAUUGUCACAGCACGCAGACAUAACGCAUUAACACACAAACUGGUUAAAGCAGCUUUUUGCCAAGUUAUGUCAUCGAGGAUAUCUGGAAUUUUUAUCAAUUUGAUAAAUUUAUAGAGCUUUAAUAUUCAGUAAUUUGACUUAAUGGCAAAUGACACAUCUCUUCCUCCACCAUCUGCUGAGACUCCAAACUCACCCAUUU